AUGGUAUAUGUGCGCCUGCGAAGCAGAAGAUGGCUUGAUUCUAGUCGUGGCGACCUGAGAGCCGCCACUCACUCUUGCCUGCUCCAAAAUGAAUCACGAUUUCAACUCCGUUCUUUUGGUGCAUCCCUGAAAAGAAGACGGACAAUUUUCCCUUCGGCAGUUUGCUCAAACAACGCAUCCUCAAAAAGAACUUUGUGCAGCAGCAGCAGCAGCAACAGCAGCAUCACUAUGCGGGCGCGUGCACCACCCCCGUCGGCAUGGAGGCUCUGGCAUCCCCGCAACGGCCUGAGUUUCGCGCCGUCGCAUACGCCAGAGGCGACUACACAAAAUCGGCCACAGCCACUGUAUCCGGAUCUCUCUGGCUAUCACUCAAUACACAGCACUAGUGCAUCUUGUUCAACCGAGCCCCUAACUACCUUGAAAACGUUGCAGUGCGAGGGAGAGGGCACGAAACAGGAGAGUGGUUGUUUGGUUGCUGGCCCUCCUGUGGCCCAAGCCGCCGUCCAGCCCUCCCCAGAAAAUGCAGCCCCGUCGGUACUCCGACAAGACGUCGAAGCUGAGCAUCAGGAGACCGAGGCUAUCGAGGGCGCUGAACCAGAGGUCGAUCUGCCACCAUCCACAACCCUAGACUUCAAGAUGGACGUAGAAUUGUUCCGCGCAGCGAAGCAAGCUCGCCAAGGCUCAAUGAACUCAUACUGGACCUACACUCUCUACCGUGGACCCCAAGGCGAGAAGGUCAGGGUCCAUUACUGCAAGAGUGAGCAUACCACGGAGCGGGUGUGCCAGUACUUCUUGGACGAGAAGGUAAUCGGGUUGGAUCUGGAAUGGGUUCCAGAUGCUAGGAAGUCCUUUGGAGCGCGGAGGAACGUUUGCCUUGUGCAACUGGCUAGCCCGAGCCGUAUUGCCUUGUUCCACCUUGCACUCUACCCGAAAGAUGACUCUUUGGUGGCCCCAUCGCUGAAGCUGUUGUUGGAAGAUUCUGGCAUCUCCAAGGUUGGUGUCAACAUCAAGGCCGACUGCACGCGACUGCGAACUUGGCUGGGUAUCGACCCAAAGGGUGUUUUUGAGCUUAGCCACCUAUACAAACUGGUCAAAUACACAGCAAGUGGCGAGACGCACUUGAUCAACAGACGCGCCGUUUCGUUGGCUGAACAGGUUAAGGCUGUUCUCGGGCUCCCAAUGUUCAAAGGGCAGAACGUCCGGUCAAGUGACUGGUCUAAACCACUGAAGAUGGAACAGAUUAUUUAUUCUUCGUCGGAUGCCUAUGCGGGGCCUCAGAUAUAUAAUAUCCUGGAACAGCAACGUGAGGCUCUCGAUCCAACGCCACCUCGACCGUAUCACGUAGAGCUUGGCCUUCCCAUCAGAUUGGCAAAUGGACAGGCAACUGCCGCUGUGGAGGAAGGUACAGAAGAUGUUGAAGUUGAGGACAAUGAGGAAGCGUCCUAUGUACCGCCAGAGGAGGAACUUAUAAAGUCAGCAUCAGACACACUCACGCUUGAGCCCGAUCUUGAUGAAGCAGCACCGAAAGUCUCUCUAGUUGCUCGCUCUGCGUCACGACCGAAAGCAGACGUGGCCAAGCCUGCCAAGGAUGACAGGGUCGUCGCGGCUGAAGACUGGUUGACCGAGUAUCGCGCAAGCUGCAAAUCUCCACCGAGAGCUACUGCAGCCGCCCUCCGGGCUUACCGUAUCUGGAGCCAGAACAACGACCUCAGUCCUUCCGCUGUGGCAUCACUCCUCAGGAAUCCUCCACUGCAAACGAACACCGUACACACAUAUAUUCUCGACGCCAUCAAGAAGGAAAAGCUACCUUAUGAGCAUGCGCGACUGCGUGAUGAAGUACUUGCUGAAGUCCCUCUCCGGACCCUCUUAUCGAGGUAUGCCGCAUUGGAACAGCAAACGAGGAACACAGAUACCUCUUCUACCGAUUGA